GAGAAAAAAUUAUAUCAUCUCAACAUUCGAGAACAAAACAGUUAAGACUUAAAACACUUUCAAAAUGUUUAAAAACAUGUAUUUGUGCUCAGUUCUACUAGCUAUCAUCUCCUGUAAUUAUGUCUCUAUGCAAUUGGAGACAGUUGUCUCCAUGGCUGGAGUUCCGGACAUGCCGGCAGAUCUUGCAGAUCCUGAAGGUACAGGAGUACUAGCCCAAUCAAGCGCUACAGCAAUAGCUGGUGAUAACGAUCAAGACAGUGAAAAUGGAGGUAACGGUAUGCUGGGUGACGUACCUGACGCUGGUAGCUUAGUUGAUGUAGAAAUGAACAUGCCAGACUCAGUUGGCAUAGUAAACAAAGUUACAUCUUUAAUGAACGGAGUUGCACCUCCCUCUAUUCCGAAAACACCGGAAACGCCUUCAGUACCAUCAGUACCGAAUACAGACUCGAUAACUGAAAUUGUUAAAUCAGUAGCUGGUUCAGGUGGGGGCGCUAGCUCAGAAGGUGGUGCUAAAUCAGAAGCUGAAUCUAGUUCAGGUGGUGGAGCUGGAUCUAGUUCGAGUGCUGGUGGUGCUACUGCUAACAGCUCAAAUGCAAACACCAAUACCGUCUCAAAAACCGAAUCAACCACGAAUAAUGAAUCAAGCACCAAGACUGUUGAAAAUACUAACGCUGGCGGUAAUUCUGGUUCAGGGAAUAAUGAAGCAGUAAAUUCAUCAGCAGCUUCAGAUUCAUCAUCAGAAACUAAAUCAUCUAGUAACUCAGCCCCAGCAGCCCCUGGUUCACCCGCUCCAGCACCAACAGCCCCUGGUUCACCCGCCCAAGCACCAGAAGCCCCUGGUUCACCAGCUCCAGCACCAGAAGCCCCUGGUUCACCUGCUCCAGCACCAGCAGCCCCUGGUUCACCCGCUCCAACUAAUGGAUCACCCGCUUCAAGUUCAGCAGCAGCAGCAGCAGCAUCAUCAGCAUCCUCUGACUCACACGCUCAAGCACCAGAAGUGCCUGGUUCACCCGCUUCAGCACCGGCAGCCCCUGGUUCACCCGCUCCAGCACCAGAAGCCCCUGGUUCACCUGCUCCAGCACCAGCAGCCCCUGGUUCACCUGCUCCAGCACCAGCAGCCCCUGGUUCACCCGCUCCAGCACCAGAAGCCCCUGGUUCACCCGCUCCAGCACCAGAAGCCCAUGCUCCAGCAACAUUACCAAGUAAUGGAUCACCCACUUCAAGUUCAGCAGCAGCAGCAUCAGCAGCAUCCUCUGGUUCACCCGCUCAAACUAAUGGAUCACCCGCUCCAGCACCAACAGCCCCUGGUUCCCCCGCUCCAGCACCAGCAGCCCCUGGUUCACCCGCUCCAGCACCAGAAGCCCCUGGUUCACCUGCUCCAGCAACAUCACCAACUAAUGGAUCACCCGCUUCAAGUUCAGCAGCAGCAGCAGCAUCAUCAGCAUCCUCUGGUUCACCCGCUUCAGCACCAGAAGCCCCUGGUUCACCCGCUCCAGCACCAGCAGCCCCUGGUUCACCCGCUCCAGCACCAGAAGCCCCUGGUUCACCUGCUCCAGCAACAUCACCAACUAAUGGAUCACCCGCUUCAAGUUCAGCAGCAGCAGCAGCAUCAUCAGCAUCCUCUGGUUCAACUGCAUCAGCAACAUCAUCAAACAAAAAAUCAUCCACUUCAAGUUCAGCAGCAAGUUCUUCUAAUGCAAGCUCUGGUUCUGGCUCAGGUUCUGGCUCUGGCUCUGGUUCCGGCUCUGGCUCUGGCUCUGGCUCUGGCUCAGGUUCAGGAGGUAGCUCGGGUGGUAAAUCAACUGCCAAAUCUAAUGCAAACUCUUCAGCUAACGCAGGUAAAGGUAAAGGUAAAAAUGCUAAAGGAAAGGGAGGAAAAGGUGGAUCAUCCGCCGCUUCAGCAGCUGCAGCUGCAGCAAGCUCUGGAUCAAAAGGAAACCCCACUGGCAAAGGCAAGAGUGGGUCUGGUUCACAUGCAACUGAUAAAUCAAUGAUUAACAUUGAUGUACCUAUGGCUGGACUCAAAGUGAAAAUGUAAAUGCUGAAUUCAUAUUUUCAUCAUAAUCUUUUCUGUAACAAUGGAAUAAAUAAGUUAAAAUAAGCAAAA